AUGCUAGAAGCAUCCUUGUCAAGCAUAGCUCAAAGAAACUCCUGCCCAUCAUCUGGUUGCUCUGUCAAUAGUGAACAAUUAGCUGCAGAUCCCCUACAUAAAAAUCAGGUUUCUUCACCAUUACUCAAGACUGAAAACAACUCAGCACUUAGUUACCCAUCUUCGUUUUAUACAAUAAGGAGCAGUGCACUCCCCAACAAUCACCAGUCAACUGGGAUUCACGAGUCUAGCCCGCUCAGUGAUCACUCCGAGGGGACCAAUUCUAGCUCAGUGGAAGAUGAGCAUCUAGAUACAUCUGAAAUUGCUUUCCAAGUGAAGGAACAACUGCUAAAACAUAACAUUGGACAGCGUGUAUUUGGCCACUAUGUUUUGGGGCUCUCUCAGGGCUCAGUAAGUGAGAUUCUGGCACGUCCUAAACCUUGGCGGAAACUUACGGUUAAAGGGAAGGAGCCGUUCAUUAAGAUGAAACAGUUUCUAUCAGAUGAGCAGAACGUUCUAGCACUCAGAACUAUACAGGUGCGGCAAAGAGGAAGCAUCACACCUAGAAUUCGGACUCCAGAAACCGGCUCAGAUGAUGCCAUCAAAAAUAUUCUAGAGCAAGCAAAAAAAGAGAUUCAGUCUCAGAAAGGGGGUGAAACAAAAGGUUCGAGUGUUCCAUUAUCAUCAACUUCCAGUGUUAACAACAGUUCGGAAGAUGCAAUAAAGAGCAUCUUGGAGCAGGCUAGGCGUGAGAUGCAGGCACAGCAGCAGGCACUGCUGGAAAUUGAAUCAGGGAGUAACCAUAGGCCUAUUCCUACACCACCAAAUGAGCGUCCAGUUCUCACUCCUACAACACACACAACCCCUCAUAUCUAUAUUAAACAGGAGGAGGGCACCCUUCCUGCCAGCACAAGUGCCACACAAACACCACUGAGUGUGCUGUCCCCAGCAGCUUUUGUACAAAACAUCAUCCGCAAAGUGAAGUCAGAGAUUGGUGAUGCCGGAUCAUACUUUGACCAGCAUUGGGCAUCAGAAAAAAAUGUCCUGAGCCAUCCAUAUACCUCUGUGUCUCCCUCACUAUCUUCAUCGUCAUCAAGUUACUCCAGUAUGGUUAAUGGGCGAGCUUGGAAGAGAGGAGAUAAUGGGGAGAAUGUUAACAAUGAGGAAGAUAUAUCUACUGUGGAAGAAGCACACAAGAUAAUGGAAGUGAAAACAGAGUCUGGAAGCCUGGAUAAUCAGAAUAUCAGUCAGCUUUCAUACUACCCUGCAUACGUUCCAAGAAACCUCAAGCCUACGGUACCUCCUCUGACCCCGGAGCAGUAUGAAAUGUACAUGUACAGGGAGGUAGAUACGCUGGACCUGACAAGACAGGUUAAAGAAAAACUUGCCAAAAAUGGCAUUUGCCAGAGAAUCUUUGGAGAAAAGGUUCUUGGAUUAUCCCAGGGCAGUGUCAGUGACAUGCUGUCAAGACCUAAACCAUGGAGUAAAUUAACCCAGAAAGGCCGAGAACCAUUCAUUCGAAUGCAGCUCUGGCUGACAGAUCAGCUUGGCCAAGGGAUUACCCAGCAACCGGCCCUGUCCCAAGCAAGCCCUUUGGAAAUGCAGCCAUCCCCAUCUCCACCACCAAGCCCUUCAGAUCAAGAAAGAAGUUCAGCUGAGCCUGUUAUGCUGAGCCUUGAAAGCAGCAAAGAAAAUCAGCAGCCAGAAAGCCGAUCCACUUCUUCCUUGAGUGGCCGAACCUUCCCAGGUCCUCACCAGUUGGCAGCAGCUGGAAUCCAGGAGAUUGUGGCCAUGUCUCCAGAGCUGGACACGUAUUCCAUUACAAAGAGGGUGAAGGAAGUGCUGACUGACAAUAAUUUAGGUCAGAGGUUGUUUGGAGAAAGCAUCUUGGGGUUGACUCAGGGUUCUGUAUCAGACCUGCUGUCCAGGCCCAAACCAUGGCAUAAGCUCAGUCUGAAAGGCAGGGAGCCAUUCGUCCGCAUGCAACUCUGGCUGAGUGAUCCACACAACAUUGAAAAACUCAGAGACAUGAAGAAAAUGGAGAAGAAGGCAUAUCUUAAACGGCGCUAUGGACUGAUAAGUGCCGGCUCAGACAGUGAAUCGUCGACUGCUAGAACAGAGUGUGUGAGUCCCAAUCUCCAGGCACAGGACUACAACCUCAUCCAGCUAAAGAAACCAAGAGUGGUGCUGGCAACGGAAGAAAAGGAAGCCUUGAAAAAGGCCUAUCAGAUGGAACCAUAUCCUUCCCAACAGACCAUUGAACUGUUGUCAUACCAACUGAACCUCAAGACAAACACUGUCAUUAACUGGUUUCAUAACUACAGGUCUCGAAUGCGCAGGGAGAUUCUGGUGGAAGGUCAGCAGGACAAUGACACCGAUCAAGAACCAAGCAGUUGUGAUAGCUUCACAUCAGCAGCUGCCCCACAUAGAGACCUGACUGCUCAUAGUCCGGAUUCUGAAACAGGAGACCAGAAACCUGUAAUAAGUGAUCUGAAACAUUUGCUGAACAGUAACUGCUACCCUAAAGAGAUGAAAAGUACUGUGAACAUUAAAAAUGAGAACACAGAGGAAGAAGAUGAUUAUGAUUCUUCCAAUCAUUGUGAGUCUUGUGGCUCUGGAACAGCAUCGGGAAAGUGUUGUGAAUCUGAGCCAUCCAGAGCACUUAGAGAAAAGCAGCUGAUGUCCCCUCAUUGUGAUGGUGCCCAGAGACUAAACUAUUUACGAAAGGGCAGUUCGGUGCAUGAGAACUCCCAUCAACCCACAACUCAUGACUGUGCUUCUGUGCUUUCCCAUAAAGAUAGCAUGGUAACAGACCGACCACAAGCUGACCCCAUCAGUUUCAAAUCCACAGUAGAAUCUUCCCGAUGCAGCUUGGAGGUUUCUCUAAACUCACCAUCAGCAGCUUCGUCCCCAGGCCUCAUGAUGUCCGUCUCUCCUGUACCUUCAUGUUCAGCUCCCAUUUCUCCAUCCUUGCCUAACAGCAUGCCUAUUAAGGCUCAUUCUUCCAGCCCGACUUGCGAUAUUGCCCCAUUACAUCCGUCCACAAAGCAUAGCCCCAACAACCAGAAGAGGAAUGAAAAAAUGGCAAAUCUUAAUAAUAUUAUCCAUAGGCUUGAAAGAGCUGCAAAUAAGGAAGAGACUCUGGAAUGGGAGUUUUAA